AUGGCUUGUCUGAUUUAUGCCCUGCUUACGACUUUUGUGAAUAACAAGAACUCCAAUAUUAUGGAUGGAAAACUACUAUACACGAUUGUCUUAUCAGCGCUCCCAGAGUUUGUCGUUGUCUUCGUCUUCCUCUUGACCGGGUUCACCAUUCCAAGUCUGGCGACAUAUCAGCAAAGAUCACUCCUGAUUCGACAAGCAAAGACGACAACAAGUGGAAUCGUGUUUCAGAAGAACAGCAGCCACUCUACUGCUACCAGUAUGGCCCCGUCGAGAGGCAACUCGACGACAAUGCAUGGGCCUGAGGACUAUAGAGCCAAUAUAGGCAUCUUGCGUAUGGAAAGAGAGACUGGGCCGUGUAUGUAG